AAGUGGUGGAAUUCCAGGCAUUGGUCUCUUGAUCCUUGGCUGGUAGGUUGGAUACAUAUUGAAGCGUAACGCCAGAGACGACCUCCAAAGCACCAUCGCCAGCACCAGCACUUCAGCCUUACUGCCUUUCUAAACGACGACCUCAUUCACUACAACUCUCACUUACCUUACUCACAUGACCAGCCCAAGGCCCCGCUACGAGUGAAAGGGUCAUAUACCAAACACCUCGAAUUCCCUUCGACAAUCUGUGAACACCGCAAAAUAAUGUGGCUACGCGAUUGUGUCCCGAGUCGUGGUUUCGCCGGCACGUCCUUCGCCUCUAGCACCGUGCCAGACUCUCGCAACUGAGCGUACGCGGUCGCCCAUGGGUGGCUUGUCGAAUCGACAUGCGCCUACAACGAGCAGCAAGGCCAAGCAUUGUUUAGCAUCAAACCAACUCAAAAACAGGGGCCUCGCUUGUCUCGAUCCCACCAGCCUUCGUAUUCAGCAUCUUCAACAACCUCAGACUUACCACCACAAGAGAUGGACGAGGACAUGAUGGAAGGAGGUGAAAUGAAUGGUCUCGUCCGCCAUGGCCGUCGCCGUCGCGACAAUCGAGAAAAUCCCACAGCUCGUCACAGCUAUAUCCAGCUUUGGAGCCCACACAUCCUCCCUCAAUCUGACCAGAGCCCCCUUCUAUCCCCGCCACCAGAGAGUCUGAUACGAUUACACCCACUGUGCCACUACAACUUCCCGAGUAUUCGAGGAGAAAGAAGCCUAGCUGUCCCAUUCUUUACUCUUCUAUUCCGCUCCUGGAGAGAGUUCUCGUCCAACUCUGAUCGAGCAUCGAGCCCCUCUACCACCAGCUGGUUACUACUUGACCUCAUCAAUCCUGACCUGACCUGACCUGACCUGACCUGAUCUUAUCGAUCGAUUAUUUCCCAAGCCACCCAAGCCUAUCUGGUGCACCAUGGCGACCACCGACUACCAGGUACAGUACGUACGUCAUCGACUAUGACUAGACUAAGUAAGCAUGUGAAAGCCAGCCACACCCUCGAGUGCCCCUCGAGCGCGCGGACGCCACGAGGAAUUUUCUCGAGAGCAUCUCCAACACCUAGCCCAUAUUUAC